UGUUUUUCAGUCUCUGAAAAACAUUGGAAGGCGAGCCCCCUUCUGAUAUCUCACGUUGACCAAUGAGGGAAGAACUGGUUCAACACACCUUCCUUGUGGCGAUGUGAACGUAUUUCAGCGAAGGUGAAAUGUCUACGUUUGACGUAGAGCGCACGUGAUUCCGUAAUUCUGUGGUAUCACCUCUGCUUCCGCCUUUCAUCAGUGUACACUAUCGCACAGGUGACGUUGGCUUGUGUGUCUCCGGAACGAUUCUUCACCCAUCUUUUCAAUUUGAUGGUGACGUGAACGAACCGUGCUCCCCAAGAAUAUAUCCAUCAUGAAGAUCACAUUGCGCUUAUUCAGCGGUAUACGAAAGAUGCUGGACUAUUACUCGCAUUUUAAUCCGUGUCCUCUGUCAAUCAAGCAGUUCAUCGACUUUGGUGAGCAUGCAUGCGAAAGGACGUCUUUCACCUUCUUGAAGAAGGAACUCCCAGUAAGGUUGGCAAAUAUCAUGAAAGAGAUUCAUCUACUGCCGGACAAUUUACUUCGAAUGCCAUCCGUACAACUGGUGCAGAGUUGGUAUGAGAGAAGCUUUGAAGAAAUUCUCGAAUUUGAGAACUCAUCUGCUGACGACAGCAUUGUGCUCAAUAAAUUUGUGGAUGCUCUGGUGAAGAUCCGCAACAGGCACUCAAAUGUAGUGCAGACGAUGGCACAGGGAGUGAUGGAGCUCAAAGAGAUGCAUGAGCCUGAUGUCAGGACAGACCACAGCAUCCAGUACUUCCUUGACCGCUUCUACAUGAGUCGCAUUUCUAUAAGAAUGCUCAUCAAUCAACACACAAUACUUUUUGGGAACGAGAACAACAUUCAUCCACGUCACAUUGGUUGCAUCGAUCCACACUGUGAUGUCUCCUCAGUGGUAGAAGAUGCUUAUGAAAAUGCAAAGUUCCUCUGCGACCAGUACUACCUUGCAUCUCCAGGUGUUGUCAUGGAGGAACAUGAUGCUGUUAACCCAAAUGCACCAAUCUGCGUCGAUUAUAUCCCAUCACAUCUGUACCAUAUGCUGUUUGAGUUGUUCAAAAAUUCAAUGAGAGCUGUCGUUGAACACCAUGGCACGGACACCGAUGAUUAUCCUCCACUGAACGUACUUAUUGUACGUGGAAAGGAAGAUCUCACAAUCAAGCUUUCCGACAAAGGUGGAGGCAUUCCAAGGAGCUCAACAGAUUUGCUCUUCCAAUACAUGUACUCCACUGCUCCACAGCCCUCAGCCUCAGGGAUGAACUCUGCACCAUUAGCUGGCUACGGUUAUGGGCUCCCCCUGUCUAGGCUAUAUGCUCGGUACUUUCAUGGUGAUCUCAUUCUAACCUCGUACGAAGGCUACGGAACUGAUGCUAUAAUCUACCUUAAGGCCCUAAGCAGCGAGGCAAACGAAAUGCUGCCAGUGUUCAACAAGGCGUCCAGCAGACGCUACAGUGUGCAGUUGGGUGCACACGACUGGGUUAGCCCGCCAGCAUCGUCAUCAUCAGCAACCGCUAACAGUCACUCGCAAGGACUGCGAUACAUGUCCAGCCUCCCAACGGGUGAUGCACGCCAAGCAGUGCAUGCUCGGAAGUUCUCGCAUCACCGCAAGGAGACUCUAUGACUUGGCAACUAGGCUUGGAAUGUCUCGUUAGCAGUAUCAUCUUUCUAUGUAACACCCGGUGAACACAUUGACACGGCUGCAUUUCACAGUACCGGUAGUUAGUGUGCAUUUUGUGUGCACGUGAGAGACAGUAAAGACGUUGUCACAUUCUAAAUUUUGUGGCGCCAAAGCUCAUAAAGAUGCACUUGUUGUAUAAAACAUGUGGUAUCUGACCUUGUAUGUGAACCUUUCCCUGUAUUAUCCUGUGUGAUCCAAAAGCCCCAUCAGGUUAUAGUUGUUGGGACAUCGCAGGUGACCAUGCAUAGGUACAAAACAGAUCAUUUAUACAGUUGUAUGUAUCUAAUACGAUGAAACACAAAUUUGUUGAGCGUACAACUAUAAUGUGAUCAUUGUAGUUCAGUCACACUUCAACGUGUACGGUGUGGGACACGGUUGUCCGACAUCUUCAGCCCAUGGCGGAGUGGUCCACUAUCAGCGGUGUCAUGCACAAGGGAACUGUACCAUCUCCGGGAGGAGGCUGCGCUCAACUGUGCACCACACAUCACAUCCUGACGGCAAAAAUAAUCGUGUCGAGAGAGAGGAAUGCAUGGUGCAAGGCUGAGCUUGGCCUCCCCUUGGAGAUGGUAUUGGUAUAGUUCCAUCUCGCACGACACCACCAAUAGGGGACCGCUACGCCACUGGCUGGAGAAUUCAGACAACCGUGUCCCACACAGUACUUGGGAGUUUAAUAUGCGACCGCAUGUUAAGGUAUACCAUGCGUGAUACGACUGUUUCUGCUGCAGUGUGGUUAUCAUUUGUAGCUGACUUUCACUGUAGAUACAUCCUCAAAGGAAAACUACCAUUAAUCUUAGCCUUUCCAGAGCUGAUGACCACCCUGGGUAGUAACAUAGAUUAGCAUCCUACAAGUACUUCAGUGUUGAAUUUUGUACACAUUUCAGAAAGUGUUGUUGCUGUUGCUAGCGCUUGUUGCUACUGUUUUUGCUUUGCACAUGGGCACCAAUAUUGUGGUUACGUGUUGGGUUACACUAUCCCUGUUAUUUAUCAGUUGGGGCAUCCCAGCACGUCUGGGUGAAUUGCCUGGGGAACUGCUUUGGUGCCCCUGUGGAUAUGGCAUAAUGAGUGUCCAAGAGUACAACUAUGGCCACCCUUGAGAAUUUGGACACCAACAGAAUUCGAUUUUACUUCUUCAACCAUUCAUUUAAGUCAGGGGUUCUCAAUAGUUUGUGUGGUCAAGGAACCCCUACACAUUUUGUGGCAUUGUGAGGAACCCCUUCCACCUCAACUUGCGACACGCCCACGGAGGACAACAUUCUAAAAUUUACUUCAUGAAACGAUGAACAAAAUGGACAGCUCUGCGCACGUUUGUACAUUUGCUAGAACCUCACUGGAAACAACGCUUCGUGGGUUGUUCUCAUGAAGCAUGGAUCAAUAUUUAACGUGUUCUUCCCAGCAUAGAUGGUAAAAUUCGUAUUUAACAACACUUCAUGUUGUGAUAUAUGCCGUACAACAUGCAACAGGAGAAACUGGAAGUAUUCCCCCAGCAAUUCCUAGCCGCUUCCAAACUCCUUCCUUGAUCUGCGGUCAGACUACACUGGCCUGUCGCAGUACGGAGCUUCCUUACGGUUACCGUGCAUUACAGAACGCUGGAUGACGUUAGCCGCAGAAUCCCCCGGAAACAUCACAGAACCCCUGCAUUCCACGUAACCUAGUUUUAGAAGCCCUGACUUAAGUCAUUCAACGCUUCUCGAAAUAUCGCAAUACCCGUGCAAUUCAUUUCGGUGGGUGCCUGGUGAAUGCCACUGUCCAAUUCAAAUGGGCAAAAUGAUGUCACAACAUCCAAUUAGUAACUUCCAGAUAGUUUCACAAGCAAGUGCCCAAAGUUUUUUUUUGAUAAAAUUCCGUGCUUAAGCAAAAAUGUUUUACAUGUGUUUCGGUGAGGUACUGUGUUGCCGUAGCAUGAUGACAUGCUUUUGCACGUGAUGUUAACAUGUUGCUUGUUACAAUAUCCUUAAAUGGAAAUGAUGUUGAUGUUUUUUGUUUAUUUCUUUUCUUCUUUUUUUUUUGAAGAAUGCAGAGACAGGUAUACGAUUGUUGACUUCAUGUAAGGAGCAGUUCUUUUAUUAUUAUGUGAUAUUUUCUGCUACAUGCAUCUUUCGGUGGGAGGUGCACCUGUUUGUAUAUUUUGCCUGUGAGGCACCAGAGUAUAUAUGCUUGGUGUAUUUAUAUUGUAGACAGAUGACUUUAUGCUAACAUAAGCAAUGUAGUCUUGCUCAGCUGCCAAGUGGAUUUUCCUGACAGAUUACAUUAGCACUGCUGUUGCUCGGUCAUGAUGCAUCUUAUGUGAAUAAUGAGGUUAAAGAAUGAGCAUGUUCUGUUAGGAAGUAUGCACACUUUACUUUACUUUGCAAGACACUGAGACAUUUUCCCUCCCUACUGUUAAAAAGAAACUGGAUUCAAUCAUUGUGACGUGACAGGAAACAAAAAGCCAUUACCAAGAACUCGGCUGUGAAUGUAGCGAAAGCUACAUGUGAAUUACUGCACCUCAUUGUGCAGCUACAUGUACAGUCGAACCUCGUUAAUAUGACAUCCCCGCUUUAUGACCAUUUUUUCUCGGGAACCGUUUCCUCCCAACGGCCUCCGCAUGUAACACUUGUUCGUUAAAGGGGCCGUAAACAGGCCACCAGACAUUUCUGAAAUAAUGAUACCCCACGAAAGAACGCAGAUCAUAAUACCCAAAUAUACAUUUCGUUCGGCUUGUGCCAGCUCAUUGACCCAUAUAACUGCAUUCAAAGAUGAGUAACCAGCGAGCCUCUCUCCACCACGCAUAUGUCACAUGGCUACGUAGCGUUUUGCCGUCCAAUCGGGGGGCCGAGCUGCGCACAUGACGUUUCAAAUUACCAGCCAAUAAACAUACUUCGUUAUCAGCUGUGAGUGGGAGCGCUCAGUUUGUUUGUGUGAAACGACGUUUUGCGCUCCGUGGUUCCGAAAUUCAACAUCAUGACAUCAACAUGCCCGGCUGGCGCAAACAUCAACAGUUGGGCUGCUAUCACAUGACGCGAUUCGAACCCGGGUUCCUCCCAGUCACGACGUGACAUGGCCAGCACGCUAUCCACUGUACCACGCGAGCUGGUGACGCGAUGCCGCGUGGCUCAAACCAAAGUACGGCAGCCCAGUUGUGGGAACCAUUCGAAGAUGACGAAGAUGUACCACGCGCACCUACCUGAGAUUCCGGAACUGUAGUCCCGGAUAUUCAUUCGCGCUCGUGGUGUGCUGCGUGCUACUGCCCAGAAAACGUAGUGCGCGUAUGAUACCUAAAUUAAAUGCAUUUCUUUUUCAGUUUGAGGCUGUAACUGUUUAGAUUUUGAAUAGAAGAGGAUUCACGUUCAUCCAGUCCAAUUCUGCAUUUGAAAUAAAAUCAUACGUGGAACACUCGAUCGUAAUUGGUGAGGAAAGCGCUAUGUCAAAAUGACGUAAAGUUAGAGCGCGGGGAGGAGCUAAAAUGCGAAAGAGUGCAGUGAAUAUUUCAUCCCUACGCAAGCGCCUUUUGUUUUUGAGCAAGGAGUAGUAAUUGCAAGGAGUUUUCACUGCAUAAGUUUCAAUAAUAUAACACAAAGAAAUGUGCACCUUUUGUACAUGUUGUACAGCCUCUUUAAUGUGACGUUUCGUUUAUAUGACAACGACAGGUAUUUUCCGCACAACUAGGGGUGAACACAUGUACAUUACCCUUGUUACUACGACCGUUGGUCACUGAACCGCCAGUUCUCCUGACCUACGGCGGCGAAAACGCGGGCGCCCUUUCGGGGUGACUCAUGAUGCCCCUGUCUGACGUGCUUAAAAGAGCAGUGUCCUUGGUCAUAUGGUCAUAGCGACCUGCUGCAGUCGAACGGCAUUCAUCGACCAUGUCUGAGAAGAAGUGCAAACGCACAGAGUGGACUGCUGGAAUGAAGAAGCGAAUAUGCGUCAGACUCAAGGAGCGACAUUCAUACAUACAUUAAAUCCAUACAUUAUUUUAAAAUGCCUCAUGAUUUGUAUUCUGUUACCCGCUUACGUAAUUUUCUACCUUUCGAAGCUUACGUAAAGGGCAUGGUACGACUCGUGACGCAUGGUGUACAUUAAUAUGACAAUUCGCUUUAUGACCAAAAUCCGCGGGAACUGCAGUGGUCAUAUUAACAAGUUUCGACUGUACUACAUUAGAACCUCGGCCUGCCUCUCAACUUAUCCCCUGCAUUGUGUGCACUCCUGUGACAUAUCAUGAACAUUACGGAAACAACACUUCAGCGCUAAUUGACAGUGCAGCACUGCAUGACAAAGCUCAACAUUUCUUAAUUGAACCUUACUGUUGGAAAUAUAUAUUGUAAACAGACCAAGAACAAACUGUAAAAAAAAACGUCUUUUUUAAGUAACCUAGUCAGGGCAGUUUUAUUUGCUUAUCUGUUAUCACGGACGUCUGUGCUGCGACUUCAGAGCUUUGAGUAUUUUCUUCCUGGAAAUGGCAAUUUAUCUUGUGCCUGAGGAUGUUCAGUUAAGUUGCUGUUCAUUAGAGAGGAUACCUACCACCUAGGCAGGUGUAGGUUGCCUGGAAUUUCAGAAAUGCCUAAAACUAAGGAACUACACAUCUUGCUUAAAGGAUAGUAACAGCAUGGAGAAAUAAGUUUAUCCAUUUGUAAUAUGCAUGUUGUAGGGGCAGUGCAGGUGAAAAUUGUUUGACAACUGAAAUGAAAAAGUUGGUCGCCGGUCAUUUUUUAAUAUAUACCUCGAAUAUAUUUUAUGCGUGCGCUGUUUGCUUUUACCGUUUCCUCUUAAGAUGUGAACAAACUAGAAGUAAAUAAAAAUUGUUUUCCAACAUGUAA